AUGACAGAGCACAAAAGAAAAUUGAAUUCUUUACGGCGCACUGAACGCAAGUGGCCGGUAAAAGCAGCGGAUUCGGUCAUCGGCCGCCACAACCGGUUUGAGUUGAUGAUUUGGCCUUUGCUUUGGAAAUAUUGGACGAUUGAUUAUUAUUAUAGGGCCGAGGACAAAAUUUUGAAAGUUGGAGAAGAGCUAUGGAGAGAAAUUCUGCCGUUACAAGGCGGCUCAUGCUUUUAUCAACUACAAGGUCUGAAACCCCAAACGUGGUAUGAAGUGAAGAUAUCGUAUCCAGCAACUAUACCCGCUAGCUUUUCUUUACAAUUGAAGAAAAACAAGUCAGAUGUUGUACUGAACAAUCACAGGAGAUUGCUCAACACCGAAAAGCUCAUUUUUAAGACUUAUAACGAUCAGGAUGAAGCCCAUUUAGUAUUAGUAUCUGUGGAGCCAGAGGGGUUCCCUGCAAAACCACAUGUACCCGAGAGGGAAUUUAUUAUUUUUAACAUAGUGUGUGAUGAACUAUUGCUGGGCAUACCCUACAACGCUUGGUGGGUGGUGGCACUGGCAUUCCUGUGUCUAGGAAUUGCAUUCGCCGUUCCUUCUUUUCUUCCAUUGUAUUUGCUACCAAAGAACCAAGUGCUACAAUCAGACCGUGUUUCGAAAACUUCUUGA